AUGAUCGACCCUGACUCUCUGACUAAUAUUGAAAUUCAAAAAAGAAUUAAUUUAAAAUCUUACUUCUUGGUCGAAAAUGAAAAAGCAAAUCAUGAUAUUUGGAAAAAUGAUAUCUCAUUAAUUGCAAAAAAAGAUCAGAAUGCCGUUACUCAAAUUCUAGAAGGAUGGGCAGCUUGUAAUUAUUGUUAUUAUGCUUAUCGAACACAUUCAAAGAUAGAUAAGCUAAGUUUACUUUCUCUUUCUUUUUAUCUAAUUUUUGAAUGUUUCAGUGAGUCAAAAACGAAAGCACAAGCAAGUUCUCAACAACAGCGGUUGUCUUCAUCCUCCUCCUCUCAUCCUUUACAACCGAAAUUUGCAUUCAAUAAAAGGGCAUUACCAGAAAAAUACAAGCUAAAAUUGAAAGAUUCUGAAUUGAAGUUUGUCGUAGCCGGAUCUCAUUCAUUGCAUUCGUUAGAAAAUGAUGGACUAAUUCAAUUAGUACAAACAGUAAUUGAAAUAGGAGCCAGUUUUGGAUUGGUUGAUGUUCGUGAUGUGUUUUAUGGAAGAAAGACUAUACGGGAAGAAGCAAUUGUGAAGUUUGAAGAUUAUAUUCAAUUUAUACGUGCUAUACUUGAUGAACCUGUAAAACAACAUUGUCUUGCAGCAACCUGUGAUAUAUGGACUGAUGAUUAA